AUGCCGUUUGGUGCCCGGACUCAGUUUGUCUACGAUUGGGGGGCCAUUACGAAGGGAAACCUAGGUGACCUCUCGCAACCAGGAGGGCAGUGGAAUGUCAUCAUUAGGAAACUCAUCAACACCCAUGACACUACCUCCCAGACCUGCACCUCCCUGGCUCCACUGUUUCCUAUCCAAGGCAUGCUGACCAAGAUCCUGAUUCCAAAGUACUGUAACAAGGGCAAGGGCAAAUCCCUCCUCCAAUUCCUCUAUGCGAUUCAGUUCAUACCAGCGGUCAAGAAACCUUCACCUGCUCAGCCUGAACAAUCCGCAACACAGGAUGCCAACACUCCAGAUUCUCCGUUGCCACCUUCUGUGUCUUCUACUCCUCCAGCAACAACACCGACCAACCCAAGUGGAACUGCUCCCACCACAGCUCAGCCAACUCUACCCGCCCCAUCCACCAAGCGUGUCAGUCGCAAGGGGUCUAAGAAUCGCCAGGCCAAGCAACCUCUUGAGACACCUACCGAGACGCCUCAGGCUAAGUUUACACCCCAGUCAGCAACCAACCCUCCUACGGAGUCUUCCGCUCAGGCGAAACUUUCUGCAUCUGAGCAGCCCCUGGUCACUGAGGCAUUUGAUUGCAGUGCAUGGCUUGCGGCAAUGGAUGCGGAACUGAUCCAGGGCCCAGCCGGUCUCUUCCAAAUGAUCCUACCAGGCGCAAUUGAUGGCUUCUAUGUGUUUGUUGUGCGCUAA